AAAAAAAAAAAAAGAAAAAAAAAAUCAUGAGGACAAUAAUAACAACAGCAACACCUAUUGGGCCUUUUUCCACCCCCUUUGAUGUUUCCGUUCUUCCGAUGAUAUGGUUUUAUUCAUUCAAUAUAGAAAGGAUGUUGAUAGGGAAUCAUAUGAUGAAGUCUGUGGUAUGGGGAAAAAGAGUAAGGUGAAUAAUAAGGUUGUUGUUGAUAAUACAUAUUUGGUUGAGAAUAAUAAGAUGAGUAGGAAGAAUGGUAAGGUCCCUGAUAAGCCAAAGCACCGGAUAAAGCAGCAUUUCUUAAAAGGUGAGAAUGAUGAUGUUCAUCGUUGUCAUUAUCGUCAUUAUCAUUUCGUUGGUCAUGGUGUUGAAGAAGUUCACUACCUAAAAAAUGUAAUGUCAUCACCUCCUACUACUUUACCUUCUAUUCAAUAUCUUUUAUCUCAACAAAAUUCUGAAGAUAAAAAAUUUACUCGUGGUCAUCGUAGCACUCGUAGCGUUAGUUCUCUUCCUUCUGAAUUACAAAACCUUUCCUUGGAUGGUCCAAGUUUUCAACCUGCACCUGUUAUUCCUUCCAAGGAUGAUUCACAUAUAAUUCAACCUAGACCAAGUUGGAUGACUGGUCCAUCACCUCCACCGGCUAUUAUUUUACCAAAUACUCCACAGCAUAAUGUAGAUCAUCAUCAUCAUCAUCAUCAGAGAUCUAUAUCUGAUCUUUCUCUUACAACUCCGUCAUCUUCAUCAUCAUCAUCAUCAUAUCAUACCAAUCAUUUACAUACUCAUUCACCAUCCAUUGAUCAUCAUCAUCAUCAACAACGACAACGUCAUUUAUCUCAUCGUAGAGCUAUAUCUGCUAAUACUGUCGAUCAUAUGAUACAUUCAUCAUCAUCAUCAAACGUACCACCUGUACCGCCACUUCCAUUUUAUCAUCGUGCACAUUCAAAUAGUCCUCCUGAAGAACAUCUCUCUCUGAAGACAACCAAACCUGAACCAUUGGCGCCUUUUAUUGAACAACCACGCAACAAAUUAGACAAUGUUAUAUCCUCUACAACACCUGUACCAACUCCUUCAUUAUCAUCUACAUCAUCAUCAUCAAAUACAAUGACUCCAACUGAAACACCUAUCAAGUAUACGACUGGAUCACAUACUACUGUCAAUGGAAUGGAUUUGCCAAGGGAUUUAGCUACUGGUAGGUACUUGUGCCCAUAUUGUCAAAAGGCUUUUUCUCGUCCAUCCUCUUUACGUAUUCAUACUUACUCCCAUACUGGUGAAAAACCUUUUGAAUGUACUGAAUGUCCAAGAAAAUUCAGUGUUCAAUCCAAUAUGCGACGACAUCUUCGAAUUCAUCUUGUUAGACCUUCAAACAGAAAUACAUUCUCAUGA